AUGGCGUUUCAUCAAGUGAGAGACGAGGUAACCUGCUCUAUCUGCACAGAUAUUUAUACAGAUCCUGUAACUCUAACAUGUGGACACAGCUACUGCCGGGCCUGUAUCACAAGAACAUUGGACACCCAGGAGGAGGAGGAGAGAGAAUAUUCCUGUCCUGAAUGCCUACAAAGGUUUAGAAGAAAACCUGAACUUAAAAGAAACAGGAAACUAUGCAAUAUAGCUGAUCUGUUCGUACCCUCAGAACCAGUGCAAAAAAAGGCUGGGGUCCCCUGUACUUACUGUGUUGAAUAUCCUGUACCUGCUAAAAAAACAUGUCUGCAUUGUGAAGCUUCUCUGUGUCAUAACCACCUGAUGGUCCACAGCCAGUCAGAAGAACAUGUGUUGACUGAACCCACCAGUUCUAUAGAGAACAGAAAAUGUUCCAUCCACAAGAGAGUCCUGGGGUAUUACUGUUUGGAAGACACUGUCUAUAUCUGUGUGUCCUGCUUGCUGGCCGAAGAACACAGAGGGCACCAGGUAGAGACCUUGAAUGAGGUAACUGUGAAGAAGAAGGUGAAACUGAGAAAUAUUCUGGAGAAACUGACCUCAGAGAUGGAGGAGGCUGAGAAAAGACUACAAAGUCUGCUGGAACAAAAGCAACAUAUGCAAGAUAAAGUAGCCAGAGUAUCAGAGAAAGUCACUGCCCUCAUUGUGGGCAGUAGGCAACAGCUAGGAGAUCUACAGGAACAAGUCCUCUGUGAGGUUUCCUUACAAGAAGAGCAGAUCUCACUCCGAGUCUCAGAUCUAAUCCGGCAGCUGGAAAUGAAGAAGGAGGAGCUGUCCAGGAAGAUGGGUCACAUCGAGGAGCUGUGUAACACAACGGACCCAUUAACUGUCUUACAAGGAUGUGAAUCAGACAGCGCUGACUAUUGUGAAUCUGAGGAGAAAAAACAUGGGGACCGAGAGAGAGUUGAUAAAAACCUCCAGGGGCUAGAUGAUCUGGAUGUGACUUGGAUUUCAUCAAAAGUAUAUACAGGUUUAGCUGCUAUUGUGACUGAAUUAAAGAGACAGCUGGAUAUAACAGAUAAUCCAGGCAAGUUUCUAGAAUUCAGCCGUUUUUCAGAUAUGUUCCCAGAUAUAAAUGUACUUCAAGACGCGAAUGUUAACACACAUUCAGUCUCAGACAUGUUGCUAGGUGUGAAUGUGGGUUCAGGCAUAGCACUGGUUAUAAAUUUAGCUUCAGACAUAUUGCUGGAUGUGAGCACGGUGGGUAAUAAUGUAACUUUAUCAGGUGACUUGACAACUGCCUCCUGGUCAGAAAUCAGCAUGAGUCGCCCACAAACACCAGAAAGAUUUCAGGUGUCCCAGGUUUUAAGCUCCAGGAGUUUCUCCUCAGGGCGACAUUACUUUGAAGUGGAGGGAAGUGAAUCAGGGGAAUGGAUUAUAGGGAUGGCCUAUCGCAGUAUAGACAGGGAAGGCGGUCAGUCAUACAUUGGGAAUAAUAACAAGUCCUGGGGUUUGUGGAGAUGGGAUGAGAAUCAGUAUUACAUGAGACAUGACCUUAAAGUUAUUCCGCUACCUCAAAAACCUUCCAGUCAGAAAUUUGCACUAUAUCUAGACUACGAGGCUGGUCACCUGCUAUUUUACGAGCUGUGUGAGCCCAGCAGGCAGUUACACACAUUCACAGCCACCUUCACUGAGCCUCUUCAUGUUGCAUUCUGGAUAGGGAGACGUGGAAAGGUAAAAUUUAGAAGCAAGGAAUAUUAA